GGGGCCGGGACCGGGCUGCGGUUGCGGUCCCUGCGCCGGCGGUGAAGGCGCAGCGGCGGCGAGUGGCUAUUGCAAGCAUUUGGAUAAUGUGAGACCUGGGAUGCAGGGAUGUCGACCAUCUGCCCCCCACCAUCUCCUGCUGUUGCCAAGACAGAGAUAGCUUUAAGUGGGGAAUCACCCUUGUUGGCGGCUACCUUUGCUUACUGGGAUAAUAUUCUUGGUCCUAGAGUAAGGCAUAUUUGGGCUCCAAAGACAGACCAAGUACUUCUCAGUGAUGGAGAAAUAACUUUUCUUGCCAACCACACUCUAAAUGGAGAAAUUCUUCGAAAUGCAGAGAGUGGGGCUAUAGAUGUGAAGUUUUUUGUCUUAUCUGAAAAAGGCGUCAUUAUUGUUUCAUUAAUCUUCGAUGGAAACUGGAAUGGAGAUCGGAGCACCUACGGACUAUCCAUUAUACUUCCGCAGACCGAGCUUGGUUUCUACCUCCCACUUCACAGAGUGUGUGUUGACAGGUUAACACACAUUAUUCGGAAAGGAAGGAUAUGGAUGCAUAAGGAAAGACAAGAAAAUGUCCAGAAAAUUGUCUUGGAAGGCACAGAGAGGAUGGAAGAUCAGGGUCAGAGUAUUAUUCCUAUGCUUACUGGGGAAGUCAUCCCUGUAAUGGAGCUGCUUGCAUCUAUGAAGUCACACAGUGUUCCUGAAGACAUUGAUAUAGCUGAUACAGUGCUCAAUGAUGAUGACAUUGGUGACAGCUGUCACGAAGGCUUUCUUCUCAAUGCCAUCAGCUCACAUCUGCAGACCUGUGGCUGUUCUGUCGUGGUAGGCAGCAGUGCAGAGAAAGUAAAUAAGAUAGUAAGAACACUGUGCCUUUUUCUGACACCAGCAGAGAGGAAGUGCUCCAGGCUAUGUGAAGCAGAGUCAUCCUUUAAAUAUGAAUCGGGACUCUUUGUACAAGGGUUGCUAAAGGAUGCAACUGGAAGUUUUGUACUACCGUUCCGGCAAGUUAUGUAUGCCCCGUACCCCACCACACACAUUGAUGUGGAUGUCAACACUGUCAAGCAGAUGCCACCGUGUCAUGAACAUAUUUAUAAUCAACGCAGAUACAUGAGGUCAGAGCUGACAGCCUUCUGGAGGGCAACUUCAGAGGAGGACAUGGCUCAGGACACCAUCAUCUACACAGAUGAGAGCUUCACUCCUGAUUUGAAUAUUUUCCAAGAUGUCUUACACAGAGACACUCUAGUGAAAGCCUUCCUGGAUCAGGUCUUCCAUUUGAAGCCUGGCCUGUCUCUCAGGAGUACUUUCCUUGCACAGUUCCUCCUCAUUCUCCACAGAAAAGCCUUGACACUAAUCAAAUACAUAGAGGAUGAUACGCAGAAGGGGAAAAAGCCCUUCAAGUCUCUUCGGAACCUGAAGAUAGAUCUUGAUUUAACAGCAGAGGGCGAUCUUAACAUAAUAAUGGCUCUAGCUGAGAAAAUCAAGCCAGGCCUACACUCUUUCAUCUUUGGGAGACCUUUCUACACUAGUGUACAAGAACGUGAUGUUCUAAUGACUUUUUAAAUGUGUGGUUUGCUGUGUAUGUCUCAUCACAGUCACACUUGCUGUUACAGUGUCUCAGCGGUGUGGACACAUCCUUCCUCCAGGGUCCUGCUGUAGGACAGGUUACACUACACUUGUCAGUAGAGGUCUGUGCUGGAUGUCAGGUGCAUCGUUACAGUGAAUGUCUUUUCUUAGAAUAGACGUAUUCUCUUAGGGACUUAUGUUUACAAUUAUUCUAAGUACUAUUGCUGUCUUUUAAAGAUAUGAAUGAUGGGAUAUACACUUGACCACAACUGCUGGUUGGUUUUUUUUUUUUUUUUUUUUUUUUUUUUUUAACUUAUGAUUCAUGGUUUACAUGUAUCACACUGAAACCCUAGUUAGCUUUUAUAGAUAAAGUGUGAGUUGACUUCCUGUCCCUCUGUGUUCUGUGGUGUGUACAAUCUGUGGUGUGUAGGAUCACUUCUGCAACAACUAAAAAUCAGAGCAUUUCAAGUUUGCAGUCCCACAGAAAGGAACUUAGCCUGACUACAGAUUAGUUCUUGAAAGAAGACACUGAUAGAGGGGAGUUUUAGGUGAAAUCAGUUGUUAGAUCUUCCUUUAUAGACUUAGUCCUUCAGAUUCGGUCUGUAUAGAAAUGCCAAACAGUCACGCGUGGGCACUGAGUAUCGUGAACACUGGCAUGCUUUUUGUUGGUUUAUUGUAGUUCUGUCAAAGAAAGUGGCAUUUGUUUUUAUAAUUGUUGCCAACUUUUAAGGUUAAUUUUCAUUAUUUUUGAGCCAAAUUAAAAUGUGCACCUCCUGUGCCUUGCCCAAUCUUGGAAAUAUAAUUUCUUGGCAGCGGUCAGAUUUCAGGGCCAGUCACUUCUAUCUGACUUCCCUUUGCACGGCUGCCUGUGCCUGGCUUAGAUUAGAACCUUGUAAAACAAGUGAAGAGUACAUUCGCUGAUAAGAUCUUCUUUGAAGAGCAAGAAAGCUUCUUGCCGCUUUCCUUUUGUUUCUGCCUGUACUCUUUGGUGUUUUCCAUGUUGCCUGCAUCAUAAGAACAGCAGGAGAAAUCUGACCCCAGUGCUAUUUUCCUAGGUGCUAUUAUGGCAAACUCAAGUGGUCUGUUUCUGUCCCUGUAACAUUUGGCUGUCCUGCUGGCUGUAAAGGACUGAUUAGUAGGGUUCCCUGAUACAGCGCUGUGGGGGUACACACACAAGUACGUGUUUUUAUUUAAAACUGUGCACUUAGCAUCAAAAGGGAGAAUAUAUUUAUUUUUUACAAAAGGGAUAAAAAUGGAGCCCUUUCCUCACCCACCAGAUUGAGCAAGAAAAAAACAUUCUAUUCUGAAAGAUCACAGUGGCUUUGACAUUGCAAAUCAGAACAACGCACACUGACCGUGAUAGCUUAUGAGCUCCAAGUCACUCCAUCAUGGUAAAUGGGUAGACUCCACCUUCUAGUGUGCUACUCCAUUGUUUUACACAGUAGAAUCUUACUUAAGUGCUAAUUGUCAUCAUUUGCUGGUUUACUGUGUUGUUAUAGAGAAUGUAAGUUGUACAGUGAAUAAGUUAUUGAAGCAUGUGUAAACACUGUUAUAUAUCUUUUCUCCUAGAUGGGGAAUUUUGAAUAAAAUACCUUUAAAAUUUUG